AUGCGACUGCAACUAGGACCCGCAGGCGAGCAACAAAGGGACGAGUCCCCAUCUUCGCUCAGCCAUUCCGACAACCCAAUCACUGCGCCCGAGCGGCGGCUAAACACGCGAUAUCAGGAUGCUGAGCCUGAGCCUGAAUCUCAGGGCACGCGUGAGCCUCGCUUCAGCAACGAUUCAAUUGGCGAUAUAGAAUUGGGCAAUGUGCCCUUAUUACCGGAUGAUUUUGAUCGUGGUAAUUCGUUUGAGUCCACACUCUCGGAUUUGGAUUACCAGCACCAGGAUUUGCCUAGGUCAACCGCGACGGCUCGCGAUCCGCCGUUUGAUUGUUCGAGCUCUUGGCUCUUUUAUCAAUGGCUUCGUGGGCCAGUGCCUCCCAACAUUUACCACAUUGAGCCGUGGUUCCCACAGUGGCAGGCUGCGCCGGCGCGUCUGGUCGAUCGGUGGGUGAAGCGGCCGACGGCCAAGAUUGCGUUGUUGGUGAGCGUGCUGAUAAUUUGGAUUGCUGUCUUUUUCUCUUUGGUCAAAUCUUCUAUCUCAGACCAAGAGAUUUUGGGUUAUGGACAACCGGUUAAAUUGUCGUGUCACGCGCGCUUGUGGAGCAAUGCAACUGAAUGCGGUCUGAAUGGAGAUCUUUGUCGUCCAUUUGAUGACCAGUCCUUCGCUUUUCGCUGUCCAUCUGGCUGCUUGGCCGCCAUCCUGCUAGAGCCCUACACUGUAGGCGCUGAAGAGUACAACUACCGCCCCCUUGUUGUCGGCGGUAGGACUUUUAAAAACAAUGGCCCUAUGAGCGGCCAUUAUCGUGGUGACUCGUCUAUUUGCGCAUCGGCUCUCCACGCAGGAGUUAUCGAUGAUGCGACAGGUGGUUGCGGUAUCCUUCAUCGCACUGGUCUACAGGAUAAAUUUGAAAACGUGACAAAGAAUGGAAUCGGUAGUAUCGAUUUCCAGUCCAAUUUCCCCAUGUCCUUCAAGGUGACCCGACAAGCCAGCUCCUCGGGAUCCAGCGAGGCCAAGCUCGUCGAGUGCUCCGACAUCCGCUGGUCACUAUUCGCAUUUACUUUGGUCGUGACCAUCAUCCUAUCCAUGACCAUCACCUCGCCACCGGCCUUUUAUGCCUCGAUCUUCUUCAUAGUCUGGUUCCAGGUGGCCAUGGCAUCCGACCCACCAUCCUCGUCGGGCUACUACAGCCUCGUCUCGACAGGACUGGGUCGGUUCCUGCCAGGUGCCUUCGUAGGGUUUGUUCUAUACUACUUCUGCGUCUGGCGCACACUACAAAACCUGGACGCACAUCUCGACAAAACAGUCCUCUGGCUGGGCGGCUGCUGGGUUGGCGCCCUAAACACAGAUACCUUCGACCGCAUCCCCAUCUCCCGCCUCACACCCCACGACCUCGAACAACAACCUGGCGCGAUCCCAGCUCUGAUAAUAAUUAUCAGCUGCCUGAUUUUCAUAACCUUCCUCCAAGCCUGGGGAUUUCGCUGCGAGGGUCGCUUCUUCUCCCAACUCCGCGUAUACGGCGCUCUCGUCCUGGGCGUCCUCAUCCUCGUCGCCGUGCCAAACAUGAAUCUCCGCAUCCACCACUAUAUUCUCUCCCUUCUCCUCCUACCAGGCACAACCCUCCAAACUCGACCUAGCCUUCUAUUCCAAGGUAUCCUGGUCGGUCUUUUCAUCAACGGUAUCGCGCGGUGGGGCUUCGACUCCAUCCUCCAAACACCCGCUUCCCUACUAGACGGCGGGCGUCUAGGCACAAUCCCUCCAAACAUCGACCCGCCCCAAAUUCCAGACCUGAACCACGUCAUUUUCAACUUCCCCGACCUUCCUCCUUCCGUCGACGGUAUUGGCGUCAUCGUCAACGAUGUCCUGCGCUACCAGGAGUUCAAGUCUAAGGACCAAAGCUCGAUUCCUGCAUUGGAUUGGAAGCGAGAACAUUCGGGCCAGGAGGAGUAUUUCCGCUUUGGCUAUGUGCAUAUCAAUGCCCUUGGUGGCGUUUGGUAUGAGGAUUUCUCCGACGCGGCGACCUGGCGGGUUACUGGUCAGUAUCUUAUUCCCGGGUCCAAUGCUACCUCGGGGUAUAGCCCGGAAUAA